AUGCUGAAGGGUGCGAUACCAGAAGUCGAACCUUUCUGGGCUUUGGGCAGUUUUGAAUGGGCAGUCAGAUCUGUCGCGUACGGAGCGCCACUCAACAACGUUUCAGUCGACCAAUUCGGUCAUGCUGCGGCAGAACGACUGCUUUCCAUUCGAUCUAUGAUUCCUCACGAACAGCAGACACCAGCUACAACACCCAAUGCCGUCACUCUCCAGAUACCAGAUCUUUUGCCAAAUGAGGAGCAGACGUGCACUGUCGAGGAUCACCGCACAAACGGGAUCGGAGGAAUGGGUAUGAAGACACACGGAACACGCCAUACAGACCGAGAUCAGAUGAAGAAACUCUUCAAGGGCCAGAGCGAUGCCCGAAAGAAGGCUGACCAGUAUCUAGCUCUCACAUCAGCCGACAAGAAGGCGCAUGUAGCAAGAAUUCGUCAACUCGAAAUUCAGCUCUCUGAAGAACAGGUGGCGCGUGUCGAUGCUGAUCGAGGCAUAACCGCUCUAAGUGAACGGAACAAAUACCUACAAAAACGACUCGAUGAGGCUAAUGUUGCUUUUGCUGAAGCGAAGAAAAAGCUGGAAAUCGAAAUCACAGAUGCCCGCCUACAGAGACAAAGAGUACGCGCGGAGCAGAACAGGCGGAUAGAGGCAGAGAAAAAACUCAAGGAAGAAUGUGCUCGCACAGAAGUCCGGUGGCAGAAAGCGCGAGCUUUCUACACAAACCAGCAGGAGCUGCUCGAAAUGCAGGUUGCAGACUGCACAGACGAAGAAAAAGAGGCGAUCCUGAGGGAAUUCCAGGAAGACUAUGGAGAGUUGGGCCUGAAGUGA